CAGGCACUGCAGAGAAAUGUUUACAAACACGCGUCAAGGUAGAUGUUCUGUUGUUUAUCUUAAAACAAAUAUAAUAUGUCUUCCAUCUUCCAUUGUCUUAAUCAGCUUAAUUGUUAAACUCAAGGUACGUCUGAAUGGCAUUAUGCAAUGCUGGCCAAAGACACCCAGGCUGCUUGCAAACAUGCUCUCAGAGGUAGCUGGAACAAUAAAGCAGUAGUAGCCCAGCAGUCCAUCUGGACUUUCAUCUCCUACAUGUCAGCAGGACUAAUUCAUCCAAACACGGUGCUAUAUUUACGUGCUGCACGAGGAACAAAGAAUGGGAUAGCUUCUGAGCACUCUCUGUCACCUAUAUGCUCUCAUCGAGUGACCGAGCGUUUCGUAUUGCUCAGGUAACAUGUUUUCCUGCAGAAAGAACUCAGCCUAGGUGUCUCGGUGAUCAUACAGAGGCCACCUCCCUAAAAAUUACGCUGUUCUCUGACCCACUCCAGGUCUCACAGUUCAGGCUAAUCAUUGACAGGGCUUUUACGAUCGCAAGCUUUUAGUGAAGCUUUGAUAAGACACUCCAGCAGUUAGUGGCAAAUGAAGACAGUCUGCACAGCAGGGACUCCAGGGAAUGAAUGGAUUUUUUUCAGCGGCAGUAAAGGAAAUCUGACUUUUAACACUGGCGUUAUAAAACGGAUAAUGUGUGGCCGACGGCUGAAGAGACUUGUUGCUUUUUGGACAUUAGUUUUCGUAAGGAUAGUCGCUGGGCUUGCCGGAGAGGGAAGAUCUGUGUGGAAAAAGGACCCUAACUCCAGUCCCGUGAGUGAAACACAGAUGUUUUUGUAUGACACUUUCCCCAAAGAGUUUCUCUGGGGCGUAGGGACAGGGGCGUUCCAGGUGGAAGGCAGCUGGAGGAAGGACGGGAAAGGAUCCUCCAUCUGGGACCGCUUCAUCCACACGGAGUUCAGAGAUGCUGACAGCACGGACGUUUCCAGUGACAGUUACAACUUGCUGGACAAAGAUCUGUCAGCUCUGGAUUUUUUGGGAGUUACCUUUUACCAGUUUUCAAUUUCGUGGUCGAGGCUUUUUCCCACUGGGGUGGUAGCAGCUCCCAACGAAAAAGGACUCCAGUACUAUAACACCCUUAUUGACUCUCUAGUCUACAGAAAUAUUGACCCUGUGGUUACCCUGUACCACUGGGACCUGCCCUUGACACUGCAAGAACAAUAUGGGGGAUGGAAAAAUGAAUCAGUAAUUGAUAUAUUCAACGACUAUGCCACCUUUUGCUUCCAGACCUUUGGGGAUCGUGUUAAGUAUUGGAUUACCAUCCAUAAUCCUUACUUAGUUGCUUGGCAUGGGUAUGGCACAGGUAUUCAUGCUCCUGGAGAGAAAGGGAAAAUAACCACCGUCUACACUGUAGGACACAAUCUGAUCAAGGCUCAUGCAAAAGUUUGGCAUAACUACAAAAAACACUUUGAACCAUAUCAGAAGGGGCUGAUGUCCAUAGUCUUGGGAUCCCACUGGAUCGAACCCAACAGAUCAGAUGAUGCUUUGGACAUCUCUAAAUGCCAGCAGUCUGUGGAGAGAGUACUUGGAUGGUUUGCUAAACCCAUCCACGGGGAUGGUGAUUAUCCAGAAGAACUGAAAAAAGAAUUAUCUUUUUUGCCACGCUUUACUGAGGAUGAAAAAAAGUACAUAAAAGGAACAGCUGACUUCUUUGCAUUUUCCUUUGGUCCUAAUAACUUCAAACCUCCAAACACUCUACCGAAAAUGGGACAAAACUUGUCACUCAAUUUGAGGGAAGUACUGAACUGGAUUAAACUGGAAUACGACAGUCCUCGGAUCUUGAUUGCGGAGAAUGGCUGGUUCACUGACAGCCAUGUGAAAACCGAUGACACCACAGCCAUCUACAUGAUGAAAAACUUCAUAAAUAAGGUUUUACAAGCUAUUAAAUAUGACAACAUAGAUGUGUUCGGUUACACAGCCUGGUCGCUCCUUGACGGCUUUGAAUGGCAACAUGCUUACAACAUCCGGCGCGGGUUGUUUUAUGUAGAUUUCAAAAGCGAAAAAAAGGAAAGGAUUCCCAAGUCAUCUGCACGGUAUUAUAAGCAAAUCAUACGAGAAAAUGGCUUCUUCCCAAGAGAGUCUACCCCAAGUUUGCAAGCUCAGUUUUCCUGUGACUUCUCCUGGGGUAUCACAGAAUCUGUUCUUAAGGCGGAGUCCGUGGCUUCCUCGCCCCAGUUCUGCGAUUCAAACCUCUACCUGUGGAACGUCACGGGAGACGGGCUCCUGCACAAAGUGGAAGGGGUGAAGCUAAAAACCCGGCCAGCACAGUGUACGGAUUUCGUCACUAUUAAAAAGCAACUUGACCUCCUGGAAAAAAUGAAAGUCACCCACUACAGAUUUGCACUUGACUGGUCACUAAUCUUACCCAACGGAGAUCUGUCAGUGGUCAACAGGCAAGUGCUGAGGUAUUACAGGUGUGUGAUCAGCGAGGUGCUAAAACUCAACGUCCAGUCUAUGGUCACCCUGUACCACCCAACGCACGCCUACCUGGGCCUGCCGGCCCCUUUGCUGCAGACGGGAGGGUGGCUGAACCACUCUACAGCCUACGCUUUUCAAGACUACGCAGCUUUAUGUUUUAGGGAGCUGGGUGAUCUGGUGAAACUUUGGAUUACAAUAAACGAGCCUAACCGACUCAGCGAUGUCUACAAUAGGAGCAGCAGCGACACGUACCGGGCUGCGCACAACUUAUUAAUAGCUCACGCCAUGGCCUGGAAAAUAUACGAUGAGCAGUACCGGUCCUUCCAGUAUGGCAAAGUGUCCCUGUCCCUGCACUCGGACUGGGCCGAGCCUGCCAACCCCUACUUCGAAUCCCACGCCAAGGCUGCCAACAGAUUCCUUCAGUUUGAAAUCGGCUGGUUUGCCGACCCCAUAUUUAAGACUGGGGACUAUCCAGCUACGAUGAGGGAAUACAUUCUCUUUAAAAACAGAAAAGGCCUCUCGCGCUCUUCUCUGCCAUCUUUCACGAGCGAGGAAAAGAAGCUCGUUAAAGGUGCAGCUGACUUCUAUGCGCUGAAUCAUUUCACCACACGAUUUGUGAUUCACGAGCCCCAGAACGGGAGCCAGUACGAGUUUGACCGUGACAUCCAGUUUCUGCAGGACAUCACCUGCCUGAGCUCCCCUUCCCGCCUGGCAGUGGUGCCCUGGGGAGUGCGCAAGGUUCUGAAGUGGGUUAAAAGAACCUACGGUGACAUAGAUAUUUACAUCACGGCCAAUGGAAUAGACGACCAGUCCUUAGACAACGAUGAACUUCGGAAUUAUUACUUAGGAAAAUAUGUACAAGAGGUUUUAAAAGCAUACUACAUUGAUAAAGUCAAGAUUAGAGGUUACUACGCAUUUAAACUGACUGAAGAAAAAUCCAAGCCCAGAUUUGGAUUCUUCACUUCUGACUCAAAAGGAAAACCUUCAAUAAAAUUUUACAACAAGCUGAUAAGUAAUAAUGGCUUUCCUGCCGACUAUUCAAUCUGUGAUCCUUCCAACAAAGAAAAGGAGUGUAGCUUCUGUUUAUUUAUUUCUCAGAAGAAGCCAUUAAUAUUCUUUGCCUGCUGUCUUUUCUCUACUCUUAUCUUGCUCUUAACCAUCAUUGUUUUUCACAAAAGAAAAAGAAGAAAACGUUUUAAGGUAAAGAACAUCCAGCGCAUCUGUGUGUCACUUUAAAAGGGGGCACGAGCCCACUUUCAACAAGAUUCAUUGCUGCGUGCAUUCUACAGAGGGCCACACAGAAUAGACAGUUGCAGAAAAGCACUACGAGUCACUCCAGUUAUACACACCAAGCAUUUCGUUUGGAAACAGAAGGUAAUUGCAUGCACAGGAAGAAGAGCUACGAUGACAUUUGUCUCUCGUGAAAUUACUUUUCUCCACCUUCUGUACAUAGAAGAAAAAUUCAUCUAUUUAAAAAAGGAAAGAAGAAAAUUUUAUGACUCUCCUGUGCCUUGGAAUAACCUUACAAAUAGUCUGACUUGAAAAGAGAUAUUAAGCUGUGAGAACUGAUGCGCACUUUUAUAUGAACCUCUUUGGACCAGAACUUUCUGUGAUGUAUAUUCAUGUCGUAAAUGUUGUUGAGCAUGAAACUGCAGUCGUUAGGAUUUAUAAAUAAAAGUGUUAUUAAAGCCCACAAGCUUUCGAGUAAGUGCAACACCAGGAAUGAAAUGUGCUGGGCCAUCGUCUGACGAUACCUCUACAAGAACAAAUCCAGGUUAACUCCAUUAUCGACCAACAUACUUGCAUCUCAUAUAUUAGACAAAGAGAUCAGAUUUUAACAUUACCUACAGGAAACAAGUCAUAAUUAUAUAUAAUCACUAUCUUUCCUCUCCAAAAUGGGGCGGCCGUAAACUUUUCAUGAGCAGAGAACAUGAAAAUAAGUAGUAAAUAUUAAUAUACUUGAGAGUGAUUAAUCUAAACUGCACUUUGAUAGUUCAUCAAAUGUAUUUUCAAUAGAAAAUCUGAUAUAAAUUAUCAUCUUAGCUCUGCUAAAGUACCAUUGCAAACCAUGGCUGGUAUAAAUCCCAUGGGAUAAGUUUAUUGUUUUGAAGUAUUUAUUCCAUUAAGAAUCGUGUGCAAUCUUUUUAAUGAAAAUGACAUUUUCACAGGUUUCUGCCAAGACACCUUUCUUUGCAUGAGGUUUGCUGCAAAGACCUUAUUUGACAAAUUAAAUAAUAUUCAGAGAUGCUAUUCUACCAAAAAUGUUUUCUAACAGCAGCUCUAUUUUGUUGUAUUUGGACUGAAAUGUAUGCUUUUUCUUUGUUUUGUUCAUUUUUGAGUAACUUGCGAGUCUGGAUUAUUUUGUGAGUACCUAGUAGUUAGCAAUGACCAAGGGACUCCCUUGCAUUUACAGAAGAUACCUUGCCUAGUGCAAGCUCUGCAGCAUGACAAUGCUAAAUUUUCAUGUCUCCAUAUAGAUUUGAGUUACAUCAAGUCCAUAGGAGAAGCCAGCCUAAAGCCAGCCCUUCAGCUGUAGAAGCGAAGGGGACAGUCAGAAGCUCCUCUUCCCAGCCCCACGAACCGUUCCAACCCGCUGCCAGAGCUGCUCAUUGCAGUACGCCACGGCAAGAGUGUGCUUGGAUUAGCAGUCAGUGCAAUAGAAGACCUAGAGUGAAAGCGUGCUGAAGACAAAACUCCUCUACGUUUUGAUGGGGUUUACUUUAGUGAAGCUCUAGACUGGCCCUGGGAAUGCUGUGCUGGUGGAUGGAGCUCAUCACGGAAACUCCUACAGCACCCUGCCUGUUUAGCAUCAACCUAGAGCAAUUCGGUUCGUGUGCUGCAAAACUGGUCUCAGUACAUAAGAAACUGGCCUCCAACAGCCUAGGGGCAGUGGAAUACAGGAUACAGUUGUCCUACGUAGCUUCCCUACGCUAGACUUUAUUCCAUCUCUUCAGUUCCUUUUGAAUUCUCUCAUAACCUAGCAAGGACUUUAAACUGUUGAGCAGAAAACAACACUGAAGUUGUGUUACGAUUUUAUUUCUGUCCUCUAGGCUGGGUUUCAUGAUAGCGCUGCAUUAAAUGAAAGCUACCAACCUGUGCACAAUGGACUUCAAGGAUAAAUGAACCUUGUGUUAAUUUUUCAGGUACCAGAGGUUUCCCUUAGUUUGCUUUCAGCAAUCUCAAAACAAGCCCCAUUUUUUUCCGCACGAGCCGUACCAUCACUUAAAUUCACAGCGGCCAGCCUUCUCAGUCAUCCCAUCAAUGCAUUCAAAAUGCCUGCACAGAUCACGCUUGGCUGUGCAGGUACAACACACCUGGAGAGAGGCAGGGAGGCAGCUCUAGGGAUGUACUGACAAGAUGUAACUUGUUUCCAGUUUGUUUUCACCCUCAUUUUGCUAUGCUAGAGAACUUCCAGAGCAAUGUAUCUCUAGCAACUUCUAUAGCUGAACUACUUUUUUUGGUUUUCCUCUCCUCUCAACACCUGAAUUCCAGCAAACUGUUGGCCAUGUUUAGCCCUGUAACGGGUCUCUGACACAGAGCACUGCAGAAGCUAGAGCCACAGCUUGAGGGCAGAGCUGGGGGGGUGGAAGAUGCAAGUAAAAGCAAGAGCAAUCGAGUUCCUACCACCUUUCUCCACUUUACAACCUUCUCCUGUAGUAAAUACAUGUUCAGGAUGCACUGAGAGCCCAGUGUUCCCACUAGAAGCUAGCUGCCUCAAUCUUGUGACAUCCCUACCCACCCAGAAACUCACUUGUGGCUGUGAGCUCCAACCAGUCAGUACGUCCAGGGAGAACUGCCUCAGGUACCAAAUGUGCACUCUGACAUCAAAGAAUUGUGGCAGCUCCUUAUGCAGAACCUACAGAAGCUUCUCAUGCAUCCUUGAACUAGCACAUGCACAACCGACUGAACCCCAACUCCCACUACUUGCCCAAACCUUGUGUCAAUUCAUACAUGCACACUAUUCAUUCCAAUACUUUUCAUGUAUUGGCCAUCACAGAAGGUUCAUUUAUCCAAAGGUAAGUACCAGACCAGAACCUCCCCGAUCACUUUACUGUUUUACACAAUUAAACAUUCUACCUGUGCAGCAAAUGGUACAGGUAUUAGAGGUGCACACAUCCUUCCAUUACCCAGUCACAAAUUAUCACUCAAAAAAUCCCAGGACAAAGCUCCUCUUGAAUUCUGUGCUCGUCAUACAGAAUUCUGGGACUGAUUGAGUGGGACAGCUUGAACAGUACAAGGCCACGUACAACUGCCAUGCCUGCAAAGUUUAGGAUCACUCCUUUGCUGGGCUCAGGUUUUGCAGUCGUUGGUUUGAGGUUUUGAUAUAACACUGAACACUAAUUUCCUCUCUGUGAAAACAAGGCUUUUGCUGUUUCUUAACACUCUGGUUUAAAACUACCACUUCAUGGCUUUAUGUGGCACAAGGAUUCCCAUCCUCCAGCCUUCAUUCAGUCUGAAUGUCCCAAGACCCACACG